CCCAUCUUCAGUUCCCAGUUCCGACACGACCAACACUACUCUUCUAUCUCCUUCUCCCUAACGCAGAACAGCAAAAUGGGGAGUUUUCGAAGAAGUCUGAUCGGCGUGCACCGAAUCCUCAAUUCCAAUAGAAGCUCCGUCGCAGCCCCUUCCUCUCAGGCCUUUUUUGGGCCUCGAUAUCGUGGGGUUUCUGAUUUUUCUUCAAUCAAUAGCAACGAUACUCUGUCGUCUGAUAUCGAUCUCUCCAACGAAGAGAGUAAGAGACGCUUGUUUAACAGUCUGUUAUAUAGGAGCAAACAACGAGGCUUUCUGGAACUGGAUUUGGUUCUAGGGCAAUGGGUGGAGGAGCAUAUUCAUUCCAUGGAUGAGAAGGGAAUUAAAGCUCUCGUUCACGUCCUUGACCUGGAAAAUCCGGAUCUCUGGAGGUGGCUUACUGGGCAAGAGCGACCCCCCGAAUCAGUGAAAAUAAAUCCUGUGUUUACUGCAGUGCAUGACAAGGUUAUGAACAACCUCAACAGCCAUUCCGCCCCGGAAACACGAGCAAUACCAGGACAACCAUGGGUAAGGGGGUGGGAAGAUAUGAGGAAAGGUCGAGACGGUCCUAUUGCAGGGAAUCAGUAGUUCUGCGAGCAAAAUUGAGCUAUGUUUUGAAUAAUGCGUUUGUCCCCUCCACUGGAGGAAAUAAAUAAGAUGUGUUUGUUAUUUUAGUUUCUAUUUGUUUUUAAAAAUAAACAGCUUUAGGGAAACCAAACUGCAAUGGAGCCUUGCCUCUAGGCCAAUGUGGUGUAAUAAAUCAUAUAUAUUUGGCCUAUGUUCUGUAUCCAAAGUUGCUUAUUGUAAUGUAAUAUGUCAUAUAUUUUGGUUCAAAUGUGCUAGUCUUGGUAAUUCGCCUACAAUGGAAACUGUAUUUUCUUUA